CAGAUCGACGUUCAUAACCAAAUUUGAUUGUGUGACUGAUUUCCUGGCGUUACCUUCCAUUUUGGCUGUAGGUGAAGUGGUACACGGGUUGAAGAAGUAGCGUGUAAAAGUUAGUAUUGGUAUUUCUGUGUGUAGUGCUUCUGAGGUUUGAAACACAUUUUAACAUGGCUGAUAAUGAUGACCUUUUGGACUAUGAAGAUGAGGAGCAGCCUGAACAGACUAUUGUGGAAGGAUCAGGAGAUACUCAGCCAUCCAAGAAGGAAGUGAAGGGAACGUAUGUGUCAAUUCACAGUUCUGGAUUCAGAGAUUUCCUGCUGAAACCAGAGAUUUUGAGAGCAAUUGUAGAUUGUGGUUUUGAACAUCCAUCAGAGGUGCAGCAUGAGUGCAUUCCACAGGCUGUACUUGGGAUGGAUAUUUUAUGCCAAGCAAAAUCUGGAAUGGGGAAAACAGCUGUAUUUGUCUUGGCAACUUUGCAGCAACUGGAACCAACAGAAAAUCAAGUGUAUGUUUUGGUCAUGUGUCACACUAGAGAACUGGCCUUCCAGAUCAGCAAAGAGUAUGAACGCUUUUCAAAGUACAUGCCACAAACAAAGGUUGGUGUGUUUUUCGGUGGCCUUCCUAUUCAAAAGGAUGAGGCAGAAUUGAAGAACAAUGUUCCACACAUAGUUGUAGGAACUCCUGGACGUAUUUUGGCAUUAGUUCGUUCAAAGAAGCUAAACUUGAAACAUCUGAAGCACUUCAUUCUUGAUGAAUGUGAUAAAAUGCUUGAAUUACUUGAUAUGAGGAGAGAUGUCCAAGAGAUCUUUCGCAACACUCCUCAUGGGAAACAAGUUAUGAUGUUCAGCGCAACGUUAAGCAAGGAGAUACGGCCAGUGUGCAAGAAAUUUAUGCAAGAUCCGAUGGAGGUAUACGUGGAUGAUGAAGCCAAGUUAACCCUACAUGGUUUGCAACAGCAUUAUGUGAAGCUCAAAGAAAAUGAAAAAAAUAAGAAGCUCUUUGAACUGCUUGACAUAUUAGAAUUUAAUCAGGUUGUGAUAUUUGUGAAAUCAGUACAGCGGUGUAUGGCCCUUGCACAACUGUUGAUAGAGCAGAAUUUUCCAGCCAUAGCCAUUCAUAGAGGAAUGCUGCAGGAAGAGCGACUCUCGAGGUAUCAGCAGUUCAAGGAUUUUCAAAAGAGAAUUUUGGUGGCAACAAACCUUUUUGGUCGGGGUAUGGAUAUUGAAAGAGUGAACAUUGUUUUCAAUUAUGACAUGCCAGAGAAUUCGGACACUUACUUGCACAGAGUUGCUCGUGCUGGACGAUUUGGUACCAAAGGUUUGGCAAUUACAUUUGUAAGUGAUGAAUCUGAUGCCAAGAUACUAAAUGAUGUUCAAGAUCGUUUUGAUGUGAACAUUACAGAAUUACCUGAUGAAAUUGACCUUUCAUCAUACAUUGAAGGUCGAUGAAAGUGUGGUUUUUUAUACCUGGCAAAUUCUUACGAUAGUACAACGCAGUAUUCUGCAGACUCACAAAGUUCUGUUCCACUAAUGUCAUACACUGACAUCAUUAUGCAACGGGACAUCAUGUACACGACUGAAUACCGUAUCUAAGUGUUUGUGUGGGAUUGCUUGAAAGUUGUGAAAGUGAAAUAUAGUAUUUGUCCAUUUUUCAUGUGAUAUUCUGUGCAUAUCUGUAAUAAUAGUCUCUCUAAAAUAAGUUUCUACUGUCAAUAAAGUCAAUCUUUUAAACUAUGUUACUUACAUAA